UAUUAAAAAUGUAAUGAUGGUCUUUCCGUAACUCACCAAAUAGGAAGUAGAACUUCUAACCCCAGAAGCCAGACAAAAAAGGCGUCGCCGGCGCUGGCUUCGAUUUCUCUCGGAUGAACAAAAGCCAAUAUCUCGAAUUUGCGCCGUUUACUGUUGACUGGACCAGAUUCAAAGUUUUACUGUCUGCUUUCUGAGGCAAUCUCUGAUGGAGCAGAGAGCGAAAUGGGUUGUUCUCGGCUCUAUGUCCACAUUCUUCCUCCUCGAGCUUCUUUCCAGAAGAAAGUCUCUCCCAAGUAAGGACAGAGUGAAGAAUAUUGGAUUAAAUGGUAUGUGCUUUUGUUUUGCCUGAUUCCUGGUAUUUGGAUGUCUGAAACUCAAUGUCCAUGCUUAAACUUGGAUGGGAUGCUAGCAAGUUUGCUUCUUUUUAUGUGGUAGGUGGUGCGAUUCGACAGGAGGUUUCAGUGGCAUGCUCAACUUCAGAUAGAAAUGACGGGAUUAGAGGUUCAGACCUUCUAAAGGAUGAAAUAGUUUCUGAACAACUAACCAGGAACAUUCAAUUCUUUGGUUUUGAGUCCCAAACCAAGGUGACUGCCUCGUACGUCGUUGUCAUUGGUCUAGGAGGUGUUGGAAGUCAUGCAGCAUCAAUGCUGUUGAGGUCAGGUGUUGGAAGACUCCUCUUAGUAGACUUUGACCAGGUCUCAGUUUCUUCCUUAAAUCGACAUGCCGUUGCGACGAGAGCAGAUGUUGGCAUUCCGAAAGCUGAGUGCCUGAAAAAGCAUUUUUCGUCAAUCUUCCCCGAGUGUUCUAUUGAAGCAAAAGUUCUUCUGUAUGAUAACUUAUCUGAAGAAGAGAUUCUCUCAGGCCAUCCGGAUUUUGUGCUGGACUGCAUUGACAACAUUGACACGAAGGUAGCGCUUCUAGCUGCAUGUGUUAGAAGGGGAUUAAAGGUUCUAUCUGCAACAGGUGCAGGUGCCAGAGCUGACCCAUCCAGAAUAAGAGUGGCUGAUUUAAGAGAGUCAACCAAUGAUCCAUUAUCUAGAUCUGUAAGACAUCGUCUGAGGAAGCAUCAUGGUAUAGAGGGGGGAAUACCUGUUGUCUUCUCUCUGGAAAAGCCAAAAGCCAAACUGCUUCCAUUCAAGGGACCAAGUGGAGAAGAAGAGAAUCCUUCUGAUUAUCAAAUAGUUCCUGGAUUCAGGGUGCGGAUCAUUCCUGUUUUGGGCACUAUCCCUGCAAUCUUUGGCCAAGUGAUGGCUUCCUAUGUCGUGACACAACUAGCAGGGUUUCAAGUGGAAAUGGAACCUGUUGUUAAUUUGGAUACGGAGCACUAUCAAAUGCUUCAUCAACGCCUUAUUGAACAUGAGGAGUCCCUGUAUGGCACAGCCAUGCAGGUUCAGGUGGAUGUGGAGGAAGUGAAGUACAUUGUGAAAGAACUCUGGCAUGGUCGAAGUGCCAGAGAACCAUACGCCAAAGAUGUUGGACGAGGGAUGUGGCGAGCUGUUAAUGAAUUAAUGCUUGUAAGAUGGGACUCAGAGAAGCCAGCGUCAGUAUCAAAUCUAAUUCUUCUAAAAUUUAUGGAGGCUGAUGAACACGAAUCAAGAACAUUGGAUGAUAUAAAGGAGAAAGAACCAGAAUUUUUCCAGACGGUGACUACUGUCUUGAAGCGAGCACAGCUCGAAUUUGGCUCCGAAUGACUUCUUAGUUAUGUUAUGCCUAGGCACGUUGUGGCUUUGUAGCAAUCACAGGUCUCUUCUUACUUCUUUCUCUGAGGCCUGAGCUACAGAUGUUUGUACAAUACCUGAUUCUCAAAGGGACCAAAAAGAGGCCAGGAAGGCCUGCCGAGACAUCGUCGGACUGAGCUUCGCCAAUUAGCAAGAAAAUUAGCAUGGCUUUUGAAAUACAGUUAGUGAAAUUAUGUACUCAACCAGUCAGUUCGAUACAAUAAGGUAUCAAUGAAUAUUAGUUGUGGCAAAUUCGUGGUUUUCCAUCGCAUUGUACGA